UCUGCAGAGGACGGACACAUAAACCGGAAGUGAUUCCUCGUCCACAUCCCGCUCUGCUAGCAGCGGAAUUAGCCGCCGAUCGUGAAACAACAACAACUUCGCAAUGUCUGCGAAACUCAACGCGUUGAACAGCGACUCGUACACCGACGUCAGUCAGUACCGGGACCAGCAUUUCAAGGGUAAUCGCUAUGACCAGGAGAAGCUGCUGAAGCAGAGCAACACUUUGUACGUGGGGAACCUGUCCUUCUACACCACAGAGGAGCAGGUGCACGAGUUGUUUUCUAAAAGUGGAGACGUGAAGCGCAUCAUCAUCGGUCUGGACAAAGUCAAGAAGACGGCCUGCGGGUUCUGUUUUGUCGAAUACUACAUGCGUGGAGACGCAGAACACGCCAUGCGCUUCGUUAACGGCACACGUCUCGACGACCGCAUCAUCAGGACAGACUGGGACGCCGGCUUCAAAGAGGGUCGCCAGCACGGCCGCGGCAAAUCUGGAGGACAGGUGAGGGAUGAGUACCGGCAGGACUACGACCCAGCCAGAGGCGGCUAUGGUAAACUGGCUUCUCAGAUUCCGGCCGCAGAGCAGCGCAACACGUUUUAGACUGACCCCCCACCCCCCAGCCCCCCCACAGCAGCCUCCCUGGACCACACAGCGCUCCAUUGUCAGCACUGGACCGGAUUCCUCCUCCUAACGAUGCUAACACAGAUUGUUUGGCCCCGUGUUGCCAUGAGACACUCGACAGCAGCUCUGCAUGAACCACUGGAAAUCAGCCGCUGUUAUUUAUUUCGCCUGCAGACUUGUUCUCUCUCUUCUAAUUGGCUCUCGUACCUGUUAUCGUUCUGCAUCGGCCCCAAAGUUAAACUGUGUGAUAUUUAGUGAUGUGUUUCCAUCGUCCUGCAAACAGAGACACUUUGUCUGUCCCCACAACCCGGACGCCUCCGACAGGAAGCAGCGAGUCGGUGAAUUAAAUGUAUCACAUGCACAAAAUGAUCUUCAUGUCGUGAAGUCAGAGUAGUUGGCUGAAGUACUGAUUUCUAUGAAUGAAAUUUUCUGUACCAAACUUUGCGUUUACAUUUUUAAAUAAAUAUUUUUUUUCA